GAGUAUAAGGCAAUCUGGGAGCAGCUGCAGCCAGUUGGGAGCCUGGGCCCCGCAAAUUUAGCCAUGGUGCUCAGCCUCCUCUCCCGGAGCCUGUCCCGCCUGGUCCUGUGGGCUUCGGUAGUGAUCCUGAUCGUAGGCAUCCUCAAGCUCGCCAGGCUGCUAUUGCGGAGGCAGAAGCUGGCCAAGGCUUUGGACAGCUUUCCAGGGCCUCCCACCCACUGGCUCUUUGGCCAUGCUCUUGAGAUCCAGAAGUUAGGGAGCCUGGACAAGGUGGUAUCCUGGACUGAACAGUUCCCCUAUGCCCACCCACUCUGGCUUGGACAAUUCAUUGGUUUCCUGAACAUCUAUGAGCCUGACUAUGCCAAAGCUGUAUACAGCCGCGGGGACCCGAAGGCCGCAGAUGUGUAUGACUUCUUUCUCCAGUGGAUCGGGAAAGGAUUACUGGUUCUGGAAGGGCCCAAAUGGUUCCAGCACCGCAAGCUGCUCACACCUGGCUUCCAUUAUGAUGUACUGAAGCCCUAUGUGGCCAUAUUUGCCCAGUCCACACAUGCCAUGCUGGACAAGUGGGAGAAAAAGGCUAGUGAAAAUAAGAGCUUUGACAUCUUCUGUGACGUAGGCCACAUGGCACUGGACACCCUCAUGAAGUGCACCUUCGGCAAAGGAGACAGCGGUCUAGGCCACAGAGACAGCAGCUACUACCUGGCAGUCAGUGACCUCACACUGCUGAUGCAGCAGCGCAUUGACUCCUUCCAGUACCAUAAUGACUUCAUUUACUGGUGUACUCCACAUGGCCGCCGCUUCCUGCGGGCCUGCCAGAUAGCCCAUGAGCAUACAGAUGAGAUCAUCAGGCAGCGGAAGGCAGCCCUACAGGAUGAGAAAGAGCAGAAAAAGGUGCAGCAGCGGAGGCACGUGGACUUCCUGGACAUUCUUCUGGGUGCUCGGGAUGAAAGUGGGAUCACGCUGUCAGAUGCAGACCUCCGGGCUGAAGUGGACACAUUCAUGUUUGAAGGUCAUGACACCACCACUAGUGGUAUCUCUUGGUUUCUCUACUGCAUGGCCCUUUAUCCUGAGCACCAGCAGCGAUGUAGGGAGGAGGUUCGAGAGAUCCUAGGAGACCAGGACUCCUUCCAGUGGGAUGAUCUGGGCAAGAUGACCUACCUGACCAUGUGUAUCAAGGAGUGCUUCCGCCUCUACCCACCUGUGCCCCAGGUGUACCGCCAGCUCAACAAGCCGGUCAGCUUUGUGGAUGGCCGCUCUCUACCUGCAGGAAGCCUGAUCUCUCUGCACAUCUAUGCCCUCCAUAGGAACAGUGCUGUGUGGCCUGAACCAGAGGUCUUUGACCCAUUGCGCUUUUCUCCUGAGAACGUGACAGGACGCCACCCCUUUGCCUUCAUGCCUUUUUCUGCAGGGCCCAGGAAUUGCAUUGGGCAGCAGUUUGCCAUGAAUGAGAUGAAGGUGGUCACGGCACUUUGUUUGCUACGCUUUGAGUUCUCUCUGGAUCCCUCAAAGCUGCCCAUCAAGAUCCCUCAGCUUAUCCUGCGCUCCAAAAAUGGCAUCCACCUCCACCUGAAGCCGCUGGGCUCUGGGUCUGGAAAGUAGGUCUCCAGAGCACAGGGCAUGGACGGCACAGCCUGCAGCUUUUCCUGGGAAAUCAUCCUCCUAGAUUGAAUGUGGAGUCAUCAUGGAUCCCUGCCUUUGGGAGGCUUAUAGAUAUGAAAUCGCCAGCACUGACAGUCUCCUGGAAGACACACCGCAUAAACAUGUGUGCCUAAUGACUCAGUGCCUGGAUUCUAGAACUCA